AUGGAACUUCUAGGUAAAAUAGGUCCUUACAAUGAAGUGGCCGAUGAAUAUGAUGCAGCAGCUUCUGUGGAAGCAUUGAGUGAACUGAAAGUACUUGUCAUUGGAGCUGGAGGGUUGGGAUGUGAAAUCUUGAAGAAUCUUUCAUUAACGGGGUUUAAAAAAAUUCAUGUCAUUGAUAUGGAUACCAUUGACAUUUCCAAUCUAAAUCGACAAUUUUUAUUCCGUUUGAAGGAUGUUGGUAAGCUGAAAGCUGAAGUAGCGGCUAAAUUUGUUGAAAGUCGAACUCAGGGAGUGGAAAUUGUACCCCAAUUCUGUAAAAUUCAAGAUAAACCCUUAGAUUACUAUAAGCAAUUUGUUUGUAUUAUAUGUGGAUUGGAUAGUGUGGAGGCAAGAAGGUGGAUUAAUGCUACAUUAGUAACGCUAGCAGGUGAGGAUAUCAUAAUACCUUUGAUCGAUGGAGGUACGGAAGGAUUUAAAGGACAAAGUAGAGUGAUAUUCCCAUCUAUAAAUUCAUGUUAUGAAUGUACUUUGGAUUUAGUGACUCCUAAGAUCACUUAUCCUGUUUGUACUAUAGCUACCACCCCUAGAUUACCAGAACAUUGUAUAGAAUGGGCCAAUGAGAUUGAAUGGCCCAGAAUUCAUAGUACUAAAUUCGAUGCGGAUAAUCCUGAUCAUGUAGAAUGGAUGUAUCAAACUAGUUUGGCUAGAGCUGAAUCUUUCAACAUUACUGGAGUUACAAAACUGUUAACUUUAGGAGUGGUGAAAAACAUUAUUCCAGCCAUUGCUUCGACCAAUGCUAUAAUUGCUGCUUCUUGUUGUAAUGAAGCUUUUAAAUUGAUCACUAAUUGUAAUCCAAUGUUGGAUGAUUAUAUGAUGUACAGCGGUGAUGAAUCAAUCUUCACCUAUACUUACAAGAAUAUCAAGAAAUCCGAUUGUCCAGUUUGUGGGAAUGAUUUAAAAGUAGUGAAGGCAGAGAAAUGGUGGAAUUUAAAAGAAUUUAUUGAAGAAAUCAAACACCAGAAAGAUAUUCAAAUGACAAAUCCUUCAUUGUCAACAAAAUUCCAAAAACUUUAUUUCUCAUCUCCUGAAUCCUUACGGCUAGCUACUGAAAAGAAUCUUCAAAUGAAAUUAAGUGACCUAGUAGGUGAUGAAGAAGUUAUCGUAACCGAUCCUAAACUUCCCAUCAGCUUGAGAGUUAGAAUAGUUUUCAAUUAA